AUGGAUUUACUGCGUAUUCUAGAUACAAAGCCAAUACCUACAAUUAUUGAUGCUACUACCCUGGGAAUCUCCGGCAACACAUCCGGCGAUUAUUGGCUGCCGACAACAAUGUCACUUUACCAAAAGGAACUCACAGAUCAGAUAGUGUCAUUGCACUAUUCUGAUAUUUUGAGAUAUUUUGAAACAUCUUAUUACAAGGAAGAUGUUAUUCUCGAGUCUAUGAGGACUAUGUGUUUAAACGGUUCAUUAGUAGCAACUCAUCCAUAUCUGCUAAUAGAUCAUUACAUGCCUAAAUCGUUAAUAACUAGAGAUGUUCCUGCUCAUUUGGCGGAGAACAGUGGGAAGUUUAGUGUUUUAAGAGACCUUAUAAACCUUGUUCAAGAAUAUGAAACUGAAACGGCCAUUGUUUGUAGGCCGGGAAGAACAAUGGAUUUGCUAGAGGCCUUACUUUUGGGAAAUAAAGUACAUAUUAAAAGAUAUGAUGGUCAUUCUAUCAAGUCAAAACAAAAAUCCAAUGAUUUCUCGUGUACGGUUCAUUUAUUCUCCUCUGAAGGGUUGAAUUUGGCACAAUAUCCGAUAAAAUCGAAGGCUCGAUUCGACAUGCUAAUCUGCUUAGAUACUACAGUGGAUACAAGCCAUAAAGAUACACAAUAUUUGUUGCAAUAUAAAAGGGAGAAGAGAGGUUUUGAAAGAUAUGCCCCAAUUGUUAGGCUGGUGGCGAUCAAUUCGAUUGAUCAUUGUACGUUAUUCUUUAGUAAAAAAUUUGAUAAGAGUAGUAGAGAAUAUUUGGAGAGUGUCACUGCAGCUAUGGUGAUUUUGAGGGAUCGUUUGGGCACACUCCCUCCAGAUCUGAGGCCUAUUUAUUCACAAAAAUUACACUAUUUAGUAGAGUGGCUAGAAAAUCCAACUGUACCGUGGCCCUUACCAGAUAUUUACCCGUUAAAGCGAUAUACCUCCAUGGAUGUAGAAAGGUCUCUGUUAACGGAAGUUCAUUUCAAAAAGUCAGAUGACCAACUAGAAGAGGCUUUUGCGAACUGUUCCAAGAAGAGAGGGCGGCAUGGGGCUAAUAAAACAUCUUCUUCUACUAUUAUCGGAACUGAGGAUAAUGAUACUCCAAGUUUCUAUUCCACCAAAAGGUUGAAAAAUGAUUAUUACACAAAUCCCUUAAAACAAGACAUGACACAACUAACAGGUAUUACUACUGCUGACAACUCCUCCAAUGUAAAUUAUCAUUUGUCAAGUGGAAUUAUUACUCAUAAACUUAUUCAAUCGAUGGGGGAAGUUUAUAUGGAUAUUUGCUUGCAAAAUCAAGAGCUGAAUGAUUACUCAUGCUUAAAUGAUUUGCAAAAUGAACAUUUACAAUUCUUCUCAAAUGAAGAUGAAAAAAUUGUCAAAGAGUAUGAUACUGAAUUAAGAACACAUAAUGAUAAUUUAAACAAGUCGCACGAACUAGAAGUUGAAAACAAUUCAAAAUUUUUUCAAAUUGAAACGUUGGAAAAUGAAAUUGGAAUCUUGAAAGAAGCUCUAGUGGCUCAAGGCGAAAGAUCUUCUAAGUUAAAGGAUGCAUUUAUCAGAACUAUCAAUACGCAGGACGAGAUCGAAAAGGAAGAAAGAAUAACGAAAUCAAAAAAUACCGAAAAAAAAUACAUGGAACAAGAAAUCAAAAGAGCCGCUGAUGCUAUAAGAGAAAAUGAGGAGGAGACACGUAAACUUGGUGACAGAAGAAGAGAAUUAGAAAAUGAACUGAAACUGAAAUUAGAGGCCUCUGAGGCCUCUAAAAAGGAACUAAAUGAGAAAAUUGGUUUUUUGAAGGAGGAAAUUAACCUAGAAAAUGAUAUUAAAGAAGAGCUACUAGAACAACUGUCCAAGACAAUGGAGAAUCUGGAAAACUCAACAAUACCACGAGUACGUACCCAAAAUGGAAAUACAAAAAAAAAAUUAAAAACCAAAAAACCAGGUAAUAUAUAA